AAUCAACUAAAGGACUCCCGCCCCUCCCCCAACUUAACUCCAGGAUCGUGGAUCUGCCCUCCCCGCUCUCCCGAAGCUGUUCGGGCAGUGUCCGGACUUCAUCGGAGGGGGCUGGAAUCCGGCGUCUGCCUCUUCACCCUCAGUAUUGCCCUGCCUGACGCACGCGUGCUGACAGGGGAGGGGAAAGGGGAAAGCUUCUCCCGCACAUAGCUCGCGGUCAGGGCACACGGGAGGAGAUGCCCGGCCAGGGUCCAGUGUCCGAGUGGACGGAGUGCAGUUCUUCCACAGAGCCGCCCACAGGGGCCAGGGCCGAGGGUGGCGGCGGCGGAUCAGCUGGAUAUUCUUAUUACCAGAAUUCCAAAGGUAUUGAUAGAUUCAAAGAUGGACACAAAAUGAACUCACACAUAGCCAUGCUGCAAGAGUUAUGGAAAACGCCUCAAGUUCAAACAAUUCACAUCCCUAAGUCAAUGACAGAGACAUCCUUUCUAAAGCAUCCAGACCUCACCUUAGGCCAGAAGCGUUACCUGUGCAGCAUUGCUAAGAUCUAUAAUGCAAACUAUCUGAGGACGUUAAUGAAGAGGGAGUACAUGCAUGUGACCCAGCACAGCUCACAAAAACCAGGUGUCCUCACUCAUCACAGGAGCCACCUCAGUUCUCGUUACUCACAGAAGCAGCAUUACCCCUGCACUACAUGGCGACACCAGCUGGAGAGAGAGGACUCGGGGCCUUCUAACAUUGCAGCUGCAUCUGCACCUGAGAUGAUCAUACAGCAUUCCCUUUGGCGACCAGUGAGAAAUAAAGAAAGUUUAAAAACUGGAUAUGCAUCUAAAACAAGAUGUAAGUCACUGAAGAUUUUUAGAAAACCAGGCAGACUGUUCAUGCAAUCAGUUUCCACAAAUGAUUCUGAAUCAUACAUGAAUGAAGAAAAAAAAGAAGAUGAUUUGCUAAAUAAGUGUAUGCAAUCAAUGUCAAUUGAAGAACACGGAGAACAUCUGAUGCUAACUUGACAAUCUUGAGUAUUGGUGAUGUGCCAAAGGUGGGGGGAAGGGAUUGUGAAUCGUGUCCUCUCUACAUUCAGUAUUGUUAUUCACCACUAAGUCAUUAAGUAAUUUUAGUUUGUUCAGAAACUUUUACUACCAUGUAAAUGGUUUGAUGUAGUUCCAUGUACGAAUAUUUUGUGUAAUAAAAUUUGUGUGAAAUAUAUGCGUGUAGUCCUAGCUAGGUACAAUUAAAAUUCUUCUUGUCACCUAAAA